AUGGCCGCAGACACGAGAGAACCGCAGCCUGCGCAGCCCAACCAGCUACCCAAAGGCGUUGUAUUAGGGAAGGAUGGCAAGCCUUGUCGAUCAUGCACAUCGAAGAGAGACUUUGCUUCGUGGGCGCAAAUGACAAAAUCGUCGCUCAAGUCUGGCAGUGGCGCCGCUGCGGGCGCUGCAGUCGGCGUCGGGACUGGCGCCGUCGCUGCCUCUGCGCUCUCAACCCCCGUUACUCCCGACGACUGCCCCGCCGACGUCGAAACACUAGGUCGAAGUACAUGGACGCUGUUACAUUCUAUCGCGGCAACAUACCCUAAGCAACCUAGCGUCUCCCAGCAAUCCGACCUCAAGACCUUCAUGGGCACCUUCUCAAGACUGUAUCCAUGCUGGGUCUGCGCUGAGGACUUUCAAGCAUACAUGCAGAAGGAACACAUCCAAGUUGGCAGCCGUGACGAUUUCGGCAAGUGGUUGUGCGAGGCGCAUAAUGCGGUCAACGUGAAGUUGGGCAAAGAUAAGUUCGACUGCUCCAAGUGGGAGGAGAGAUGGCGGACUGGCUGGAAGGAUGGGCGCUGUGAUUGA